GGACCAGCCUUCAUCUGACCAGACCAGCACUGACCUGCUCAAGUGCAGCCGCAAGUUCUGUUGGUCCAGAGAAGCCCACUACUUGUAUCUUCGCCGCCUGUCUUCCAGAAGCUACUCCGCUAUUACGAUGAACCCGGUCAUGGAGGAGACUGUGUGGGAGCAGUACACUGUGACCCUGCAGAGGGAUCCAAAGAUGGGCUUUGGCAUCGCAGUGUCAGGGGGGCGUGACAACCCGAAUGAGGAAAGUGGCGAGACGUCUAUCGUGGUGUCUGAUGUCCUGCAGGGAGGACCUGCUGAUGGCAUGUUGUUUGAGAAUGACCGAGUGGUGCAGGUAAACGCCAUCCCCAUGGACGGUGCCAUCCACUCCUUCGCUGUUCAGACGCUCAGGAAAUGUGGCAAAGUCGCAAAAAUUACCGUGAAGAGGCCCAGGAAGGUUCCAGUCAACCUGUUGAACCGUCCGUCCUCACCCGAUGACAGAGUCUUCAACAAUGACUACAAUGACGAUUACAACUACGAUCAGGACCGCCGCAGCGUGUACAGCGGACGAGACCACAGUCCGGAGAGAGGCUACAUGGAUUCUGGCUACCAAACUCACGAGCGUGACCAUGACAGGGACUAUGACCGGCGGGAACGCGGCAGGAACAUGGAGAGAGACCAGAGCCCGGACCGGCAGUACAGGAGAGAUGGCAGCAGAGGCCGCACUUUAGAUAAAGAGCGCAGUCCGGAACGCCCCUACAGGAAAGACCACACGCUCGACCGUGACUACAGCCCGGAUAGAAGAUACCGCAGCGAGCGUACAUUAGACCGAGAGCACAGCCCGGAUCGCCGUUACCGCAGCGAACGAGCCCUCGAUCGGGAGUACAGCCCAGACCAACGCUUUCGCAGUGAGAAAACCCUGGACCGCAACAACAGCCCCGACCAGCGCUACAGGCGUGACAGCCCAGGCAGGGGCCACGGGCGCGACCACAGCUUUGAACGAGGAAGGGAACGCGUCCCCAGUGACCCGAGGAAGUACGACGAUCCGGUGAGACGGAGCGGGAGCAGGGAUCGCCUGGACCGCUCGCCAUCACCGGCCGCCUUGCCCAUCCCUCUGCCUCGCCCGGCCCGGGAUCUGGAGCCGCUGGAGAAACCGCUGAACGUGCUGCUGCUGAAGAAACGACCCAACGAAGAGUACGGCCUUCGUCUGGGCAGCCAGCUCUUCAUCAAGGAGAUGACCAGCACUGGACUCGCCAGCAGAGACGGGAAUCUGCAGGAGGGAGACAUUAUACUGAAGAUUAACGGCACAGUGACGGAGAACCUGUCCCUCAGCGACGCGGGAAAGCUGAUUGAGAAGUCUCGCGGGAAACUGCAGCUGGUGGUGCAGAGAGACAAACAGCAGGUGCUGAUCCGCGUCCCCCCGAUGGUCGACAGUGACUCUGAGCUCGAUGAUAUCUCAGAGAUCGAGUCCUACCGCUCCUACUCGCCACAGGACGACAGGCGGGGCCACCACUCCGACCUCUCCUCCCACUCCUCCAAUGAGAGGCUGAGAGAGAAGCCCAGCAGAGAGGACCCGCCCAACAGGCUGGCGAAGAUGGGCGCCAUGCCAACACCCUUCAGAGCGCCAGACAGAGCUGUAGAAGACACACCCCCUUUGCUGGCAGAGAGGGAGGAGCCACCACCGGAGACACCUCCAGCCAAACCAGUCGUCACUGCAGCUCCAAAGGUUCAUGCUCCGCCUAAAGUGCCACUAAAGCCGAGCAUAGAGGACCAGGAAGUGUACGGACCGAACACAGUGAUGGUGCGUUUCCAGAAAGGCGACAGCGUGGGUCUGAGGCUGGCGGGAGGAAACGACGUCGGCAUCUUCAUCGCCGGCGUUCAGGAGGACAGCGCGGCCGAGCAGGAGGGUCUCCGCACGGGAGAUCAGAUCAUGAAGGUGAACAACACUGACUUCAGAGGAAUGGUGCGUGAGGAUGCCGUUCUCUACCUCCUGGAGAUUCCUAAGGGAGAGGACGUGACCAUUCUGGCUCAGAGUAAACCUGAUGUGUACAAGGACAUUUUAGCGUCUGGCCGAGGCGACUCCUUCUUCAUCAGGACUCACUUUGAGUUCGAGAAGGAGGCGCCGCAGUGUCUCCCUUUCUCCAGAGGAGAGAUCUUCAAAGUGACCGACACACUUUAUGAUGGCAAACUGGGCAACUGGCUGGCGAUCCGCAGCGACAAAGACAACCAGCUGUUAGAGAAAGGCAUCAUCCCCAACAAGAGCAGGGCAGAGCAAAUGUCCAAUGUCCAGAACGCUGCUCGGGUGGCAUCGGGCAACGACAGGGGAGACUUCUGGAGGCUGAGAGGUCAAAGAGCAGCGAAGAAGAAAGAUCUCCGCAAGAGCCGAGAGGACCUGAACGCCACUCCGGUCACCACCCGAUUCCCCGCCUACGAGAGAGUGGUCUUACGUGAAGCUGGAUUCAAGAGGCCUGUGGUGAUUUUUGGGCCCAUUUCCGACACAGUAAACGAAAAACUGGCCAAUGACAUGCCGAGCAAGUUUGUCAUCGCCAAAACGGAGCCUAAGGAUGCAGGAAGUGAGAAAUCCUCCGGAGUGGUGAGACUCAACACCAUCCGACAAAUAAUUGAGCAGGAGCGCCACGCUCUCCUGGACGUGACUCCCAAAGCCGUGGACACUUUGAACUACACGCAGUGGUAUCCCAUCGUCAUCUUCCUGAACCCUGACAGCAAACAAGGCAUCAAGACCUUGAGGAACCGCAUCGCACCGGGAUCCAGCCGCAGCGCACGCAAACUGUACGAGCAGUCCGUCAAGCUGAGGAAGACCUGCACUCACCUCUUCACUGCAACCAUUGACCUGAACUCGGCCAACGACGGCUGGUACGGCAGCGUGAAAGAUUCUAUUCAGGAACAGCAGGACCGAGCUGUGUGGGUGUGUGAGGGCAAGCUCGACGGUUCAGAGCAGGACCUGGAUCUCCAUGACGACCGCAUGUCCUACCUGUCAGCAAUGAGCGCCGACUACCUGAGCAUGGACAGCCGCCUGACCAGUGACUACGAGGACACCGCGGAUGAGGGCGGGACUUACACUGACAACGAGCUGGACGAGCCCCUGGACGAGCCUCAGCCCGUGUCGGCCAUCAGUCGAUCGUCGGAGCCCGUGCUGCCGGACGAGGUGAGACACGUCGCUGCCGCGUGA